ACUCAUAUUAAGCUUAGCAACCUUUCUUUUCGGUGAAACAUAUUUUGCUUGAGGAUUGUUAUGAAUGAAGUGUUAAACAAAACAAAAUAAAACGUUCAACGCCAUUGGAUAUUUUAAAAGUAAAUUUCUUAAAUAAUGUCUUAAAUAAAGUAAUUUUGUUUAAAUUCAAAUUAUAUUUUCUACAUGAACGCAUGUGUUUUAAAGGAGGAUUAUAAACGCUUUAAAGUUGUUAAUAUUUACAACAAGAGAGAUGGCUUGUAGGACGCCUGAUCGAAACAGGAGACACCAUCACACUACACCAGUUUCGCUGUCGGAGAAGUUUGCGAGUUACUAUGGCAACCUGCGAGGGCUUCUUUUGGGCUCCAACCUUGCUGGGCGACGGGCUGCAAACUACCAAGACACGCUGUUUCCAGACGAUGCUCAGUUGACUGCGUUCAAGAAGGACAAGGAUGGAAAAGAAGAUGGUCAGCUGAAGCCGCGGUCUGUUGACUUCUUUCGGAUGAAGAACCGGACGGCGCACCGGACGAGUGACUAUGAGAUCCCGAACCUUAUUAUCAGGAGGGGCCACCAGUUUGACAUGAGCAUUACAUUCGACCGGCCCUUCUCGUGUCAGGAUGAUGAACUCACGCUUAAAUUCGUCACAGGUCGUCAGCCCCUGCAAAGCAAAGGAACAGUAGUGACCGUUAGCCGUAUUCCUGCUCUCCGUGAGCCGAUCUGGGCUUAUCAGCUGGUCCGAGUCGAGGAUAAGGUCGUCCACCUCAAGGUCGGCACCACGCCUGAAGCCAUCGUAGGCAGGUACAACUUGUUCAUUGAGACAACCCACAGGAACGAGCAAGGCGAGGUAGAGAAGUACCGAUAUGCCCAGCCAGAUGACAUAUAUCUCCUCUUUAAUCCCUGGUGCACAGACGACCAAGUUUACAUUGAGGACGAGAACCAGCGACAGGAGUACGUGCUUAGCGAGACCGGCCGGAUAUGGCUGGGCACGGUCGGCAAGUUCUGUGUCCGGCCUUGGAACUUUGGACAGUUUGACGACGUAUGUCUUGUGGCGGCCAUUGCGAUCAUGGAGAAGUCGGAACUUGGAGACCAGGCUCGCGGAAAUCCAGUCUAUGUGCUCCGGGCGCUCAGCAGAGUCAUCAACAACAACGAGCGUGAUGGCGGGGUGCUGGUGGGCAACUGGUCAGGAAAAUACGAAGAUGGGGUGGCGCCCUCCAACUGGAACGGAAGUACCGCAAUCUUGGAGGAGUUCCUCAAGAAACGCAAAGGUGUCAAGUUCGGCCAGUGCUGGACCUUCGCUGCUGUAGCCACCACAGUGUUUCGCGCACUGGGGAUCCCGACCCGAUGUGUGACGAGUUUCAAGGCGGCCCAUGACAGCGAUUACAGUUCACCCAUGGUCUCCCAUUGGUCCACCGAGGGCAAACCAAAGACCGCCAUGAGCGACUCCGUCUGGGAUUUCCACGUGUGGAACGAAUCAUGGUGCAGACGGAUGGAUCUACCGCCCGGGUAUGACGGCUGGCAGGCGUAUGACACAACUCCACAGGAGUGCCUAGAAGGUGUUUUCACCUGCGGGCCUGCGUCCGUGAAGGCGGUGAAGCAAGGCGAGAUCUUCUAUGGCUACGAUGCCAAGUUCAUCUUUGCAGAGGUGAAUGGUGACCGGACCCACUGGACGGUGGACCACGAGGGCAACAUGCGGCCCGUCGCCGUCGAGAAGAACAUGAUGGGGAGGUUCAUCAGCACAAAGGCAGUCAACACAAUUUCAAGGGAGGAUCUUACUUAUGCAUACAAGUUCCAAGAAGAUUCCGACGAUCGAGAUGUUACCUUGGAACUUGCCAGAAAGCUCAGCACACGACGAACCACCGAAAUCGACCCAUGUGAUGCAGAAGACGUUGAGUUUGAUAUCAGCGCAGAUAUGCAGCGGAACGGUGACUUCAGUAUCGCCCUGCGGGUCACCAACGCAGCGUCCGUCCCUCGAACUGUAGACAUGCAUCUGAACGCGCUAUCAUGUAGAUACACCGGAAUAGCAAACUCUGAUUUGAAGGAUUCUUCAUCUUCCUCCGUGCUCGAGCCAAAAGAAAGUCAGGAAGUUUGCCUGUCCAUGAAGUGUGCCGACUACAUCGGUAGCGUUGACUCUGACUCGCACGUGAACGCUUACGUCACGGCGCACGUGCGAGAGACGUCGCAACGCUUCGUCUUCCAAGAGCCGCUCUGGAUAGAGAAACCGCACAUUGAGAUAAAGACUGAAGGUAGCGCUCACGUGGGGAAGUCGUUUGAUGUGGUUGUUAAGCUGGUGAACCCAUUGACCGUGCCCCUGACCGGGUGUCACCUGAACAUCGAGGGGCCCGGUAUGCAGAGGAUAUCCUCCAUCAAAGUCAAGAAACCGAUCGCCCCGGGGGAGGAGCUACGGGAAACGAUACAGAUGAAGCCCCGACGUCUCGGUCGCAAGGAGAUCAUCGUCAACUUUCAGUGCAAGCAGCUUAGUGACGUCACUGGCGUCAUCGAACUUGACGUCGUGGAAGACUCAAAGUCUUAAGACGUCGUCCGCUCACCCGCUCACAUAUGAAUAGUGUAGUGUAGAUGAAGGAAGAGACUGUUAUAUAAUAUUGCUGUUAUUUUGUGUGAAGAUGCUGUGAAUGGUUUUUAUUCUAAGACUAAUUUUCAAAUUCAAAUGUUCGUGAACGGUGGUUACAAAUCAAGAGAGAUUGUCGCACAGUCCUGUAACUACAUCCAAUAGUGUGUUGGGGCAAUAACUAUGUUAUCCUGCAAGGAUAUGGUACACAGUUUAGCAUAAUAUAAUCGAUAAUUUUA